UUGCCCGGAUGUUGUUUCAAUCACAACUGCCUCUGUUGGAUCCUGUCAUCGCGUAUUCCAUUUUCCUUCGCCAAUUUUACUGACACGGUGCGUCGAUAUUAAUAUUAUCAACAAGAUAUUGCUCGUUAAAAAAUCGUGUUUAAUCUCCUUUGGCAAAGAAUAUUUACAAUUUUCCCUCUGUACUGUAUGUGAACUUGGCUGUCAACACUUCGCUCGGGAAUCACGAACCAACCGGGAAAUAAGUUUGUAUCAGGCAUGAGAUAUUUUCCGUAUACAACGCGGGAGCGCCCAUAAGGGAAACAAAACGAAGACCACAAGUGAAAAUUAUCCAGAACGCUUCUUAAAAUCAGGAGAUGAAUGUCACUGUCAGCUGACUGUUAACAUGACUCGUGGGUUGAAGAUAUGGACGUUUUGUUUACUCUUCUUUAUUUGGAAUCGCCGUUUCUUGUACGGCCUGAACGAUAUUGACUCAAUCGGAGCAAUAGUGACAUUCAACGAAACUCGAAGUGUCGCUAAACCGACGAUCGGCUUAAAAAUGAAACAUGAAUUGCACAUCGCAGGUUUGUUCGAUGAAGAUUCUCGCGAUGGAGCUGGCUCCCUCGGCGCUGCCUUGAUGGCAGUCGAAGAAAUCAACAACGAUUCCAGAUACCUGGCGGACUAUGAAAUUGUUUUUCAUCGCAGAUCGACAAAGGGUGAACUCAGCGAAGGAACCAAAGUAUUGUACGAAUAUUUGAACACUCCACCUCAAAAACUUAUGAUCCUCGGACCUUUUAAUGGUGACCUGGCAAAAACAGUUGCUGCAUAUGCUGGACUGCCUAAGUUUGGCAUUUUACAGUUUUCCCAUGGAGCAACCGACCUGGAGCUUACAACCAAACGAGACCAAUAUCCUUUAUUCUUCCGCACCGUUCCAACAGAAUUCGUUUUCAAUGAACCUCGUUUACAAUUUGUCAAUAAAUUUGGCUGGAAGGACGAGAUUGGUUUGAUUUAUGAUGCAUCACCAUACUACUCACUGAUAAGCGAACAUCUCGCUGAAAGUCUGGAAGGCAAUGGUAGCAAAAUCGUGGCAAAUGAAGGCUUUACUCAAGAUACGGCAGUUGCUGUCGAAAUCCUGAAGGACAAGGGAGCCCACAUUAUCAUCGGUACAUUUCAUCACUCCAGAGCAAGGGAAGUGUUUUGUCAGGCAUAUCGUAACGGAAUGUACGGAGAAAACUACGUCUGGAUGGUAACAUCUACCCCGGAUGUUAAUGUAACAUCUGAUUGGUGGGUUCCUGAACCCUCCACCAAAUUAGAUUGCACGAGAUCACAGAUGGAAGAAGCAUUGGAUCACCACUUUACUUUCUACUACAAGAAUGAAAUCAGCAACACUUUAGUGUCAGGAAAGACAACCGAUGAAUUCUUUACGCACUACAAAGAAAGGAUUCCAUCCUCAUUCCGUAGUACUUAUGCGCCAUUUGCUUACGAGGCAAUGUGGGCGAUUGCCGUUACUCUUGAGCGCGCUCGGCCAGUAUUUACUGCGUGGGGCAUGGAACUACACGACCUUGGCUACGGGCGACUGAUGGUGAGCGAGCUGUUGAAGGAAGAAGCAGCCCAAGUACAUUUUACGGGACCUUCGGGUGUGGUCGCGUUUGAUGAGAAUGGAAAUCGGAAGUGCAAAGUCUUCAUCCAGCAGUUUACGAAAUCUGUUGGCUCUUUUGAGGUGGGUGUAUAUGACUACAAUCCCCCCUCCCUACUACUGAAGGGAGAUUCAACUGGAAACAGUACACCAGCGGUUUUGAAAUAUGUACAGUGGCCAGCUGGCCAACCAUAUCAAAGAAAGGCCUCAACAGAUUCUUGGUUAUACAUCAGCCUUCCUCUCUUCAUCUCGUGGUCUUUGAUCUCUGGAUUCCUUCUCGUCUGCUGCGUUCUCUGUUUGGCUUUACUUCUAGUUUUUCGACGACAUAGAGUCAUCUCCCAUUCUGGCUUUUACCUGACUGAGUUGCUCAUCUUUGGCUGCAUGUUGAAUCUACUUUCUGUUGUGCUGUUUGGGCUUGACAGUGCCCUUAUUUCUUUCCAAUCGAUGCAGUGGGUUUGUAAGACUCGUUCCUGGUUUCUUAGCCUGGGAUUCACAUUGUGUCUUGCCAGCGUACUUCCCAGAGUUCUCUUCGCUUUCAGAGUUGUAUCAUGGAGACCGCUUACGAUAAAAAAGGUUCCAUGGAUGGGGAUGCAUUUCAUAGCGCUUGUUAUCUUCAUUUGUGACGUCAUUUUGUUGAUCACGUGGCAAGUUAUUUUUAACCCACGUGCGGUGAGAGCUUUGCGAGAGGUAUCCACACUCCGUCCAUACCACGAGCGAACAGUCCUUGUUGAAGAAUGCAUUUCGGACAACGAGAUGGGAGCAUUGGCUCUCCUAUUCCUUCCCAAGGGAGUACUUCUCCUAAUUGGCACCUUAGUAUCCUGGCCGGCACGCCACCUGUGUAUGCCGUUGUGUAACAACACGCGAAACUGUGCCCUGUGUGUGGCAAUAGCAAGUGUAAUGUGUGCCAUCGAGAUUCCCGUAAUAAUGCACGUGCGGCGGUAUCCCAAUCCCUUUUACGGUGUCACAGGUCUCGUCAUGAUUGUUAUAUCUGCGGCACUGCUGAUUCUUGGAGUCGUUCCCCAGCUAAAACGGGCUCAGAAAUGCCAGAAGAAAUCACAGAUCGCAUCUGAAGAAAGCAACGAUAGAGAAAUGAGACACGAGAACAACUGUAGCAGGUGUGAAUGUGAUGUGUGUGCGAAUCCCAAGACGUUCAGACCCCAGCUGGCCUCGUGCUCAGGUCCCUACUCCUGUGCACCAGUCUCUCCGGAGUGGGACUACAUGGUCAACAACAUACCAAACAGAACCAAAGAAGGAGAGACCCGUAUUGUAACCGAGACAGUCUACAUUGACCCGCCCAAGAUUCCAACGGCGGCAGCGUACACGCAAACAAUGCAAGUCUUGUACAACACAUCUCAAGUACAAACAGUUGUUGUCAGAACACAGAGUGCUUGCAUGUUAACAGAACCGGAACCGGAAGUCGAAACGGCUGAACUAAUGAUCCAAACGGAAGCGGAAGAACCAACACCAGUGGCGACUGUCGACACACAGACGAUUAGUUUAAAGUUGAUUGACAGCAUUGUCCAAACAGAGAGGAAACCACUAAGUCACAUCCACAUUCAAACAGACAAGGCAAAAAUGAGCGAUUCAUGUGUUCAAACGGAUGAUCCUCCUGAGCCAGAAUUUUUUGACGAUGAAUCAGACACAGCGAGCGUUACCAGCAGUAUGUCCACCAGUCCAAAGCAACAGCGAAAAACGAGAAAAUCCAAAUACAACGUACAACCGAGAAUUAACACGAACUUGAGCGCAAGAAAAAAAGAACAAGUAGCAAAAACAUCUCAUGUUGCCACACCUCGUAUUAGGCUAUCAACACCUCAACCGUACCCUACACCAAGAUCGAGAGAUCCAUCGCCAGCUCGGGGGGCAAACAGAUGAGGAUUAGAUUCUGCUGAUCGACUAGCUCUGAUGGUGUUUCAAGCUUAUUGCAAUUCUUAAAAUGUGGUUCAAGUUUGAGCUGUACGCUCAACAGUUAAUGGGAACAAAGCAUCGUGUUUGAAGAUCUUCGUGAAGAUUUCACGAGUUAUUUGUUUGCGCGAGUAAAAAAGUACUUCCAGUUAGGAAGAGACUACCGGAGGUUUCAAUAAAAAGUCAGUGACUAGCGUUUACCGCUACACUAAAGACCUCUUACCGCCGUCUGUUGAGCCCGCAGGCUCUUAUACUUGGGUUUUGCGUUGUUGCCUCCUUUACGGGCACAACCGCCUUUUUACACUAUUGCUCCCAACCUCGUUCUCAGGGUUUCUCAUCCCGCUCCUGGGGUGGGGGGUGGGGGAGAGGGAAGAUGAGAAACUCUGGGAACGAGGUUGUAUUGCUCCUUGAGUAUAGAAUUAUUUUAGUUUUAGCCGUAAUCUUCAAUGCUGUGAAUCUUUGUCUAGCAAAAGUUUCCUUUAUCGUCAAAACACUAAUUUUCGUUCACAAACUAUUAAACCAGGAAGAAAAGUGGUAACAAUUAUCUGAAAACGAAAAAACCUCGGAGGGAUCUCGGAGAAAUCUUGGGUUCACAAAUUACAGUCCACGAUUAAUGGGGCUCAGGGCUUCUGAUUGGUUUUCCAAGAUCUUGCAUUAUGGCAUCACGAAAAGCCUAGCCAUAACUCACUAAAAAGUGGAAAAAUCUUUAGAUCAAUUAAGAACUAAGGAAACAAUGAAAAACUUCUGAUGGAAACCAAUACGGCAUAAUAUUGUGCACAAUACUGUAAAACAAAUAGAUCAGUUCUUUCAAAGGGAGAAAGUAGCAAAACUGAAUUUACUUAUUUAACUCUUGUAGGGAAGAUUUGCUUAAAUGAUAAGAGAAUAUGCAAUGAUAUGUUCAUCAAAUAGCUAUUACAUGUAGGUUCAUAUGAGACUUGCAUCUUAUAUUUGAAGACACUGACAAGCUUGAAUAGUUUUAGAUGACUGAUUUCGUGUAAUUUACACUGUGUUGGUCACACGUACAUCACAUGCGUGUAAUGCUGCAGUACACGCCAGUGGUUCUGUAUGCUUAAAAUUUCCUCAGUAAUGCCUUACUAUUAUGAUAUUUUACAAAUAACUGAGAUUUGAAAAAUAAAGCAUUAAAAAAAGGUGACAUUCUUAUACUAACAGUAAGUUGCUAGGCUAGUGAAUAACACUUUUUCUUUGCUCAAGUGAGUAGCCAAGAAAUUAUGACCUCCAGCUUUUUAUAAAGUGGGGAAGUUUUUGAAUGAACAAGUGUUACCUAAGCUCAUCUUUUAGAAAAUAGGCCUCAUUUAAUUUCAAUUUAUUGGCAUAAAAUUGAGAUUUCCUGGGUUAGCAUUUCUGAUGAUUUAUGAUCAGAAUAAAAAUUAUGAACCCUUAAUAACAUUUAUAAACGCCCCAAACAUAAUGUAGUUGUGUAUUGUCUACAGCAGUAGUUAUGGGCAAACUAAGUUGUUAAUUUGAUUUUUCAUUCCCAAUAUCUUACAAAACAUUUCUCUAAAAUAAUAAUUGUAACUUAGAAAUAAGGAAAAAAUACCUAAGAAAAAUAAACAAGACCUAAACUAG